GCAAUACCUAUCAAACCCUAUCGGAGUCUCUGGUUUAUUUCGCGGCAGUUGGAGCCAUAACCACUUCCCUCCCUUCCGGUAGCAGCCUCCGCCUCCGGCAGAUUCUUCCCUCCGACGACAAGGAGCUCAACUGAAUUUGAUCUUCUUGUGAUGGCGAAUUCACCAGAUGUGGAUGCAGAUGAUGAAUUUAGUGAACUCUACAAGGAGUACACUGGCCCUCCACGAUCAACCGCUGCUGUAGUACAAGAUAAGACAAAUACAAAUAAAAGGUCUCAUGCAGGUUUUGAUGAGGAGGAUGAACCUCGUGAUCCCAAUGCUGUGCCAACUGAUUUUACCAGUCGAGAAGCCAAGGUUUGGGAGGCCAAGUCAAAAGCUACAGAGAGGAAUUGGAAGAAGAGAAAAGAGGAAGAAAUGGUCUGCAAAAUAUGUGGAGAAUCAGGUCAUUUUACUCAGGGAUGCCCAUCUACCUUGGGAUCAAAUCGUAAAGCUCAAGAUUUUUUUGAAAGGGUACCAGCCAGGGAUAAACAUGUGAGAGCACUUUUCACUCAUAGGGUAGUACAGAAAAUUGAAAAGGAUAUUGGUUGUAAGAUCAAGAUGGAUGAGAAAUUCAUCAUUGUUAGUGGCAAGGAUAGGCUAAUUCUGGUAAAGGGAGUAGAUGUUGUGCUCAAGAUGAUUAAGGAGGAAGGUGAUCAGAAGGGUUUUUCUAGUUCUCUCAUGAGUAGAUCCAGGUCACCUGAGCGAAGCCCAGUUAGCUCAAGAUCACAACGUUCUGACAUCCGUAGAUCACAUUCUGGUCCUACAAAUGCAUCACAAUUUCAAUCUAGGUUUAGCAGACAGGAGAAGGCUGUUGAAAACCGCAUUCGUGAUGAUCUGCAGAAAUAUCCAAGGGGCUCGGUUCAAGCUUAUAGCAACGACAGAGUUAGAGGUCGUUCAAGCCACUCAAAAUCUCCUGCUCAUCCACCUUAUUCUGGCAGCUCAUUCAGUUCAUAUGAUAGUUAUCAGAACAAAAGUGCAUAUGGUAGAAUGGAAGGAUGUGAUAGUGAGAGAAGAGGAUCUGAUUUGCAAACUAGUCGUCAGUUCGAGUAUCCAGCUUUUCCCCAUUCUCUUGAAGAAUUGGAGAUGGAGUAUAAAAGGGAAGCAACUGAACUUGGAAAGAUUCGUGAUAAAGAAGAAGACGAUGAGAACUAUAAACACCGUGAGACUAUAAGGGAGAUGAGAGAGAACUACACGAAGAAAUUGGCUCAUUUGAGGGGAACACAUGCAAAACAAUGGGAUGAGUUUCACCAACUUGAUGCCCAAAGGCGUCAGCAACAAGUGCACCAGCACAUGGCCACUUCAGGUUUUGCUGGUUAUAAGCAGCAUAACUAUUCUGAGUAUGAAGGUGGCUCAGUCAAUUCCCAUUAUGAAGGGGCUAAUUUAGCGGCCCUUGAUUCUAGAAGCAAGUAUCCAAAUCAUAUGGAGAAUUAUCCUUCAAGGCCUCAUGGUAGUUUUGGGGAGUUUCAACGUCAGAGGCGCGGCGAAUACGGAAGCGCUUACAAACGAUACUAAUUUGUUAACCCCCUGGAAGUAAGUUGGAUUCAGAUCCAUCUUGGGUAGGCCUAAUGCAUGGAGGAACGCCUAAUCAAAGGUAAAUAUGUUGGUAUCAUACGGUCUUGGACUGAGUUGAUAACAAUGGUCUCUCUGAUUCAUUGAAGCCUACUUCCCGUUUUUAUCGUUACGUUUGAUAGUUAGACUGGUUCGAUACUUGUUGUAAAGAGCGCCAUGGAAUCUCGUCCUAGAUUUUUUAUUAUUCAGAUGAAGUUCUCAUGAACGGUUGAGAUUUUGAAUUAGUUAUGAAUUGGUUCCUUGGAGUACUUUUCUUUCUGCUGUUUUCCUUCACUAAUUGUUGGGCAGC